CUACCUCCCACCUCGCCUAAUAACAGAAACACGGUCCUGUCUGUCGCCCAGGGUCUACCUCUCGACCGCCUCUACCAAUCGAUCAUCGCCCCACCAACUACCGGCGACAUCUCCUCUACCAACGACAUCACACCUCUUGAUAUACAACUGGCGGCCGGCUUUCGUCGUUGUUGUUGAUCACUCCACAUUCCAUCCAACCAUCGACACUCCCUUUGACCAUUCCUGCUUCGUCACUGGAUCGGGCAUCUGUUCAUCAACGACAACAACAACCCUCCCUUUGACUUUCCCGAUCGUUCCACUGCGAUCCGUUUGAGAGCCAACCAAGGAGGAUUACUGUUCCUUGGAUCUUGUCUGUCCUGCCAAUUGAUACUUUUUGUUGCUUUCCACGGCCGCUUGAUGAGUGUCUCGAAAGCCUAAAGGAUCCGGAUUGUCCUUUUCUCUUUUUCCUCUUCUUUCUCCUCCUCCUCAACAUGCUCCCAACCCCACCACCAUCUCCCAAGCCAUUGUCAGUCUGUCAUCCGGAAGACCGCAUCGGACACCUCUUGGCCGGAACCAUCCAAUUGACAGGAAUCCUUGGAGUCGGUGCCUACGGAACCGUAUACAAGGCCCAUGACAUCGAGACUGAUGUGCAGUACGCUGUCAAGGCGCUGAACAAGGUUGGGCUGGAUCCACGGCAACAGAAAUUUCAGGACCGUGAAAUCCAGCUGCACUACGCCGCUAGUCAGCACCCCAAUGUGGUCUCCUUGGUCAAGAUUCUCGACUCGCCCGAGUGCACAUAUGUCGUGAUUGAGUACUGCCCGGAAGGCGAUUUGUUCUCCAAGAUCACCGAGGAAGGCCACUAUGUCGGAGACGACUUCAAGGCCAAGCAGGUGUUCUUGCAGAUUCUUGCCGCGGUCCAGCAUUGCCAUUCAAGAGGGAUUUACCACCGUGACCUCAAGCCUGAGAAUGUCCUGGUCAUGGACAAUGGAUGGACCGUCAAGCUCGCGGAUUUUGGAUUGGCCACUCAGGAACGUGUGACUUCCGAUUUUGGAUGCGGAUCGACAUUCUACAUGUCUCCAGAGUGCCAAAACUCCAAUCCAAAGCCAUACUCAUGCUACGCCUCCGCUGCCAACGAUGUGUGGUCCCUUGGUGUGAUUCUUGUGAACCUCACCUGCGGCCGCAACCCUUGGAAGCGUGCGUCAAUGGAAGACUCCACCUUCCGCGCCUUCAUGCGUGACCGGAAUUUCCUUCAAUCCAUUCUUCCCAUUUCCGAUGACCUGAACCACCUCUUCCAACGGAUAUUCGAAGUCGACCCUACACGUCGGAUCACGCUGGACGAGCUUCGUGAAUACAUCAUUCGCAUGCCGCGCUUGACGACCCAGGAAUGCUCAGCUCCUGCCGCCGCACCCGUCACCCCUCCCUACAGCCCGCUGAACAAGCCAGUGGACUCUCCUCCCGCCGUGGUCAUCUCCAACCCGGCAUACGAACCUGUACCACAUCUCGACCUCCCCGCGCAACAAUACCCCGCGACCGACUUCUACCAGCAAAACUCCGCGCUGUACACUCCUCCCAGCUCCGGACCUUGCACACCGCAACCGACCAACCUUUAUACGUCUACCCACCACCAGCAAAAACCGCCGGUGGUGUACCCCAGCUCGCCCUUCUUCGCCAACUUGCCCGACUUCAGGCGCUGUGGACAUUUACUUUCUUCUUUCCAAUUCCCACAGCACGCCUGGGCGGCGACCUACUGAAGGCCAGCAGCUUUGACUGGGAGCAUUCAUUGUUACCCGGCCUUUUUUGAAUUCACCGGCCACUUUCAAUUCGGAUUGUCCAUACUUUUACACUUUUUAUUACCGCCCAAAAAUGGAUGGAGGACUACCUGCUACUACUGGCGUUUAACUCACGAUGGAACGAUGAUGAGAUGAAAGAUGAAAGAACUUUUGAGCGAUU